GUGUGACGUGACGAGAAGAAGUUUCUACGAAUUGUGUUGUAAAUCUUUAUGUAUUCAAAGAUGUGCUAUUUUCAAAUCUUUAUUUUCAACACAAUUUUACAAAACGGAAUACUCAAAUUAGUGUGUUACUGAAUCUGUUGAAACAUAUCCCCCAAUGAAUGGUCAACUUAUUGUUGACCUUGCUCGAUUAAUAAAUUUCUUUUUACUUGGUCUAUUCAACCCAUACUUAUUAUGAUUGAAGUGAAACUUUGAAUUUACACAACAAAUCGAAAAAUAUUACGUGUGACCCACGGAUGAAAUCAUGAAGUGUUUAUUAAUGAAUUUUUGAACAAUAUGAGCAGAGAUUAUGGUGCUCAAUUUGAUUUUCUGGAGACGGAAUCUGUGGGUAGGGCAUUGGACUGCCUGGGCCCACGUCAGGCUGCUGGUCCCUUUCAUUACCUGAUAAAUGAGCAAGCGAAGUCGUUGUUGGCGCUGCAAGAAUUGCAGCAUGAGGUCGGAGCGCUGCUCGAGUUCCGCGACCUGGUCAUCGAGACCUUUCCUAGUCUCAGGACGAAGCUGUCUGCACCCUCGGUGCCUAUGGCUCACGGGACGAGCCCCGCAAGGCCGGACUGGGUGCCGGGAGUCAGGGUGCGACGGAAAUUGGGCCCCAAGAAAACGGACGCUGUGCCGGAUUCUGGAUUCAGCACCGAGACGUCCAGCAAGGACACACACAGUGCAUCUUCCACAGCCAUGGCUGCUACUUCUGCAGGAAACGCGGACGAGGCAGAUGACGAGCUAUGGAGCCUCCUGGACCUGAUCCACAGAAAGGGGACGCGGCUCAAAGAAGAAGUCGAAACGUUGCAGGACCAGCUUCAGCAGCGUCACCCUCCUGAAGAAGUCCAGGAUGCAGUGUUUAGGUCGUCCCGAGAGGAUUUAAUGGAGAUCAGAAAAGAAAGGGAUCUUUUGAUGAGUCGCAUGACCGAUAUGGAGGCUGAGAUCGUGGCAAGCAGAAUUCACACUUCCAGGCUUCAGGAAGACAUGGAACAUCUGCUAUCAACAAAAUGCGAUUUGGAGGAGCAACUUAAGGCAGUUCUAGAGGAACGGGGAGAGGUGAACUCUCGAAUUCACGAUUUGCAUGCGCAGUUUGUGAAUAAAAGUGCAGUGUUGACUUUGGAAAAAAGCGAAACGUGUGAUCGAAAAACAAGUGCGUCGAAAGUGGACGAGUCGUCGUCUAGUCAUACAGAUCCUAGGACGUGCAGUGAGGGUGGAAGUGAUGUGUGCGAGUUAGACAGAGUGUUAGGUAUCGAGGUACCAAAAGUUGAAAUAAUUGAUAACAAAAAGUUCUCGGCAAUAUUGGCAGAACAAAAUCCUACAGUAUUACAGAAACAUCUUCUCAGUUCCACUGUGCAGAAUGAGAUUUUAAUGAAGCAACUAGAGAGUGCAACAAGAUUGGAAGUGGACUUGGUCGAUAAACUAGGCAAAGUGAGAGAAGAGAAUGAAGAGCUUAAAUUUCAGUUGGAAGAUAAGAGCAUUGAGCUGGAAGGUACACGAGCUCAAGUCCGUAUCUUGGAACAGUUGCAAAAAGGAUCUAAUCACGAUGGGCCAGACGUUAUUCCUUCAUCUACACUCAACUCUUCCAUACCAACUCGUGGAGAAAUUCUCUCAACCAGCAUGAAAAACAUGAGUCCCAUACCUAUGACCUCACAAAUCGAUCAGGGCAGUAGUACAGAGUCUUCACAUGACCAAACUGGAACUAAUAAGCGAAACAAUGAGAGCGCCCGACGGAAGCCAAGCAAAAUACCAUUGAAGAGCUACACAGCCCCCAAACCUCCGGGAAGAGGUAAAUCACACUCGUCGGCACGUAGUCGUAGUGGCGACUCGCCCAGUAGACCGCACAGUGCACAAUCGGCACGAGGGGGCGCCAAAAGCGAGGCGAACAGCCUCCAAGGCCUCGCCUCCAAAGGGGGCUCCCUGCCAAAAUCACGCAACGGCUCGCUCGUCACUUCUAAAGAUUCGCUGUCGAGCAAAUUGCGUAGCAGCGAUUCGUUGUCGAAGCUGUCGUCGAACGUGAGCGGCAGUAGCUUUGGCAACGCCGCAAGCGGCAGGGGUACCACCAUACGGAAAUCUAGUACCCCCAAUGUUAAAUGGACUAGUUCAGGGAAGGACCAACCAACAGCCGACAAGAUCAAAUCAAAUCGAGAAAAAUUUCCAUAUCCAUGGAGUCCCUCUUCAUUUGAAGAUGAGAAGGCUGACGACUACUUGGAUUCUCUAGACCUCAAUAAUUCAUCUUCCCAUCGCUCGACGACAGAUAGCUCCGGUAAUAAAUUUCAAACUGCAAAUACUUUUACGUGGAACAGAACUAAGGAGUUUUAUGACAGCAUCGAUUCCAACCUCAUAUCCAGUCUGUAUCAACAGAAUGGCGAGGAACUUGCUGAAUGCGAUUCCUUGGAAAAGCAAAUUUUGGUAAAUAUGGAAUAGAAAAUGGAGAGGGAAAUAAGUGAUAAAGUUGAAUAAAUACAACCAAAAAUAUGAUAUAAAUCAUUGAUGUUGUCACUCAUCUUAUGCAACCCUUCUUUUGAUAGUCACAAUUCAUUUAGAACAUGUGUAUUUAUUUCACUAUUAAAGGGUAGAUAGAUAGAAGACUUGAGUUACAGCUGAUGGCUAGUUGCACCUACUUAUCCAAGAUUUUAAUGCGCGUACCUACAUGAGAACAAUAAUCAAACUAUUAAACAUCAUUAUUCAGGACUGAUACCAUCGUCAGCAUCUAGUCUACCUCAAUGGAAAUGGUGUUUCCAUUGAGUACUUUGAAUAAUGGUGAAGCUAGUUUGGUUC